CUCCCAGUUCGGGCCUCAGCUCCUUGGACGAGGGCGACGUCGAAAUGUACGACAUGAAGGACUGAGCUGUGCUGCAUCCAUGUUAAUUGCAAUCCCUACGCGCCAGAGAAUAGCCUCAUGACAAGGCUGACAAAUUGCAUUCACACCAAAAAAUCCGGGAGCCAGAGCCAACAUAGCUCGGCGCGCACCAAUGCUAGGACGUCACGAGUCCGUUCAGAACAACUGCGAGUCAGAGUCUCGAAACCUGAGCACACUGCGCGCAUCUGGAAAGCAACGCCGUCGAGGGAGCGUUUCUCCAUUAUGCGUUGCACCGCAUCAUCAUCACUACAAGAGCCGUCAUGCUCUACGGGCAAAAAGACACGAGCUCACGACGUAGUUGUGCGACAUACAGCCGCCUGUUAUUCUUUUCCGGCCACCACAUUUACCAACCAGCAACCGCGAUAUCCAGGAAGGCCCAGGACGAGCUUGGAACCCCGAGCCGCGCAGUGUGGCUUAAUCAACACGACGACGACGACCACCACCACCACCACCGAGGCCGCCGUGGGAGAGGUUCGCUGUUGCAACCAACUACAGGGCAAGCUGUGUAAUACUAGCUAGGCACGAGGCUUGAAUGAGGAAGACCUCCACGCAACCGCACACCCCUACCGUUGGCAAGUCAAAGAGAAAGCCGGCAGGUGAUCUGCCGCCACCUCUUAUCUUUUUGGAUCUGCCCAAUACGGCGCGUAGUGACGGAUCCGCGCAUCGCACCAGGUAAUCAGUCACUCACUGUACAUAUAAAGAAUACAUAAAUACGAUUAUUGAUACCUUAUGACUUUUAUGCUGCACAUCACACC